AUGUCCCUUUACUACGUCUACGUGCGCUUCCACCCCACCAUCCCCACCUACCCACCCCCCACGCUCCGCUACCUCCUCACCUGCGCCUCUCGCGACCACGCCAACGCCUUUUCCCGCCACUUCCAGCAGCGCCUGCGCUUCUCCCGCGUCUCCGCCCAGUUCUGGGGAUACGACCCCGUCGACCCCGCCGCCUUCGGCAUGCUCGAGACGCUCGGGGACUCCUCGCUCCCAGACGACAUCCGCCGCGGCGUGAUGAUCUCUCGGCUACCCGAGCCCGACGUCACAACGGGGUGGGUCCAGGCCCCUGUCCAGGCUGGCCGCGACUGGAUCAGUGGCCGCACAUACUUCAUCCGGAAUGUGCGACAGCCGGACGUGUACUGGUACCAUGCCGGGUGCGGGGAUGAGCGCAUCCUAGCGUCGCGGUGGCAGAAGACAAAGUUCUUUGUGAGGAUGUCCGAUGCGGAGGAAGGGGAGACGGGGACGGUGUUGAUAAAGAGUGAUAGGAUACGGGUGACGACGGCGUCGGGGGAGGGGAAGGGGAUGGUGGUGAGGAGGGGGGAUGAGGGGCGGGUAGUGGUGGUGAAGCCGUCGGCGAAGGAGGUUGCGACCGCGGUGGGCGACUUUACGUUUGGCGAGUUGGGGGGUGCGUUUGGGACGGAGUGGGAGUGUGCGGAUGGGGAGGGGUCGGGGGUGGGUGUGCCGUGUGAGUGCGUGACGUGGGGGGAUAGGGCCGAGAUGCAUUUGGACGAUUGGGAGCUGUGUUAG